AUGUACCGACCACGACCUGUACUUCGUCCAGUAGCCCGUCCAGUUGCUGUUGUUGCAUCUGGCGGUGGUAAAGGUGGUGGCGCAGGCGCACUUGGAGGAAUAUUAGGUGGUGUAGGUGGCCUUGUUACUUGUCUCUGCUGUCUAUCAGCAAUUGGUCUUCUUGGACUUUGGGCUACAUUUAUUCCGUUUGUUGCCUUUUUCAAAUAUGCAUGGGAUCAAGAAACAAGAGCUUAUGGUGGCAGUCCUAGCAUUCAAAAUCUUCAACAAAUUGUUAUUCUUCUUGCUAUCUGCUUACUGACAAUUCGUUUUGUCAAGCGGCAAAUGAACACAUAA